AUGGGCGGAAGAUUUUUCGUGGAUUGGGAGCUGUGGCAGCAGAUGACCUUCGUCCUUGCAUGUGCCAUCGCCGUCGUCUUCGCCAUUGGCUUUGUCAAGCUAUGGUGGACGAAUCGUUACAUGGCGAAACUUGAGAUUAUCGAUGCCGAAAAGCGAGCUCACGCCUCUGAGAUGGAAUCAACCGGUCUUCCUCCCCCGCGAAAGCAGUCCGACAUCCCCUUCGGCGUCCGAGCUAUCCAGUCUGGUAUCGAGGUCGAUGGCAUCUGGAUUUCUCGUCCUGGCACCCCCGCUACCGACUCUCCCCCGAACUCGGCCAAAGGCAAGGGCAAGUACGUCGCUCAAGCUCCCGUCUCGCCUUCCUCUCCCACGAACUCCGAUCCUUUCAAUUCUCCGGCAUCGUCUUCUCGUGGCGGCAAUAACUAUGGCCCCCAGACCUAUCGCCCCAAGUCCAUGUCUUCUCAGGGUCGCGUCACAAGUCAAGCCGAUGCUUUGAGACGUCUGGAGGGUGAGCCCAGUGCCGAUGUGACAUACCAGACAUACCAGCCUCGCGGAGCCGGAGCCGCGGCCAUGCACGACGACGAGUAUGGCCCAACCGAUCGUAUUUCCGGGGACUAUGGCGUCGACGUCAGAGUCCCUAUUCGCCCACCUCCUGUCAACCGCCACCUGAACAACGCUCGCGGAGGUGGCAGCCCUCCUCAGCCCAAGGUCACUGGCGUUCGUUCAUUUUCCGGAAGCCUUCAAAUCCCCAACAACGGCAAGAAGGGUUACUCUACUGUCCCCCAGGGUUCCCCUGGUGGCGAGUUUUCCGACCCCUUUGCGAGCCCAAGCCGCUCGCCGGUCACCACUCCCGGUGCCGACCACGCCCUUUUGCCUUCUCAACAGGGCCACCACGUUACGUUCGCGCCCGAUGAGUACAUUACCGCCCAUCACGACCAUCACCGCCACCCCAGCGACGGCAGCAGUGGAAGCAGCAGCAGCAGCCGGAGCUAA